GCUUCACAAUUCAGAAAUAAAAAAAAAAAAAGUGCUUUUUCUGGUUUCCUCUUCUCCUUCCGUGACUCUCAUAUACUCCAUGAUGGCUAAUAAAUUUUUGCCAGCUCAAAAGGCUCUGGCAGCCAUGCCUGAUUUUUCUUAUAUAAAGGGUUUAUAACUUCAAUUCCAGCAUCACCAUUCACAGUCUUCCCCUCAUCUCUGUUUACACAGACCAUUCUACAAUUCGUUUUCAUUCAUCUUUGGCCACAGAAAAGCAUGUUUUCGUCUCACAAAGCUUCAACAAUGCUUAUACUUCCUUUAUUCGUUGCUUCAGUAAUGACCACAGCAGCUGGAAAUUUUCUCCAGGAGGUCGACAUCACUUGGGGUGGUCCACGCGCCAAGAUAUACGAUGGAGGCCGACACCUCACCCUCUCGCUUGACAAAGAUUCAGGGUCUGGUUUCCAAUCCAAGAAGGAGUACCUAUUUGGAAGGUUUGACAUGCAAAUCAAAUUAGUGCCUGGAAACUCUGCUGGCACUGUUACCACCUUUUACUUGUCUUCUCAAGGCCCAGGACACGAUGAGAUUGACUUUGAAUUCUUAGGCAAUUCAUCUGGAGAUCCUUACACACUUCACACCAAUGUAUACUCGCAGGGAAAAGGAAAUAGAGAACAACAAUUUCACCUUUGGUUUGAUCCUACAAAGACGUUUCAUACAUACUCCAUCGACUGGACUCCCCAAAGUAUCAAAUUUUUGGUAGAUAACAUUCCCAUAAGGGUGUUUCGAAACUGGGAAACAAUUGGCAUUCCAUACCCAAAAAGCCAACCAAUGAGAGUUUAUUCAAGCCUAUGGAAUGCAGAUGAUUGGGCAACAAGAGGAGGACUAGUGAAAACCGAUUGGACGCAGGCCCCUUUCACUGCAUCGUAUCGUAAUAUCAAUGUCAAUGCAUGUGUUGUGUCAUCUGGGUCAUCAUCUUGUGGCUCCCAGUUUACCAAUUCCAUGCAAAGUGGACAGAAUGAUCAAGGACUAGAUGCCAAGAGUAGGAAUAGGAUGCGAUGGGUGCAGUCUGAAUACAUGAUUUAUAAUUACUGCGUCGACUUUAAAAGAUUUCCUCAAGGUGUUCCAGCUGAAUGCAAGCGCUCAAGGUUCCUGUGAUAGAAUGCAAAUCUCAAGACACUCCAUGAUUGUUUCCUUGUACCUCUUCCUAUGUCUUGUAUUCAAGUUCGUUCGUGUAAUUCUUUAUUCUUUAUAUUUUAUUGAUUUUUUUUUCAUAUAAUGAGU